UCCUCUAGGAGGUCCCUGCUGCAGGAUGAAUUAGGAGGGGAAGGACUCAUACUUUGAACGAUGGAGACAAGGGCGUCUUUCAUCGCCAGCAUGCAGGAGACCCAGCAUCUCUCCCCGGAGAAGGGCCAGAGCCCGGCCAACGGCAACAGGGAGCAGUCUGAUUCAGAUGAUGGCUCAAGCAUUGAGGACACAGACUUCAACUGGGACGAAUUCCUGGAGGAAACUGGGGCCAAUGCUGCUCCCCACACCUCAUUCAAACACGUUGAAAUCAGCCUUCAAAGCAGUUUCCAGCCAGGAAUGAAAUUGGAAGUGGCCAACAAGAGCAAUCCAGACACAUAUUGGGUAGCUACGAUCAUUACUACAUGUGGACAGCUCUUACUGCUUCGUUACUGUGGCUAUGGAGAGGACCGCAGGGCAGAUUUCUGGUGCGACGUGAUGACAGCAGAUCUUCACCCUGUUGGCUGGUGUACGCAGAAUAACAAGGUCCUGAUGCCUCCAGAUGCAAUCAAAGAGAAAUAUGUGGACUGGACGGAGUUUCUCAUACAUGAUUUGACAGGCGCCCGGACUGCACCUGCAAAUUUACUGGAAGGCCCUCUGCGAGGAAAAAACCCUGUAGACCUCAUUACAGUUGAUUCCUUAAUAGAGCUGCAGGAUUCCCAGAAUCCCUGUCAGUACUGGAUAGUUAGUGUGGUUGAAAAUGUUGGAGGAAGAUUACGCCUUCGCUAUGUGGGAUUGGAGGAGACUGAAUCCUAUGACCAGUGGUUGUUUUACUUGGAUUGCAGACUUCGACCAGUCGGUUGGUGUCAAGAGAAUAAAUACAGAAUGGACCCACCUGCAGAUAUCUAUUCUCUGAAGACUAUAUCUGAGUGGAAAUACGCUCUGGAAAAAUCCCUUAAUGAUGCAGCAAACUUUCCUCUUCCGAUGGAAGUAUUCAAGGACCACGCUGAUUUGAGAAGCCACUUCUUCACCGUGGGAAUGCAGCUAGAGGCGGUGAAUAUGAGGGAGCCAUUUAAUAUCUGUCCUGCAUCAGUGACCAAGGUUUUUAACAAUCAUUAUUUUCAAGUGACCAUUGACGACUUGCGAUCUGAACCUAGCAAAAUCUCCAUGCUUUGCCAUGCAGAUUCUUUAGGGAUCUUGCCAAUACAGUGGUGCCUUAAAAACGGAGUCAAUCUCACACCUCCCAAGGGUUACUCUGGCCAGGACUUCGACUGGGCAGAUUACCAGAAGCAGUGUGGAGCGGAGGCAGCACCGCAGCUCUGCUUUCGAAACACAUCCUUCAGCCGUGGCUUUACCAAGAACAUGAAGCUAGAGGCUGUGAACCCCAGGAACCCUGCAGAGAUAUGUGUUGCUUCUAUCACCUCAGUUAAAGGACGAUUGAUGUGGCUUCACUUGGAAGGUUUACAGAUGCCUUCUCCAGAGUACAUAGUUGAUGUAGAAUCUAUGGACAUUUUCCCAGUUGGCUGGUGUGAAGCGAAUGCUUAUAACCUAACUCCACCACACAAAGCUGUUUUACAAAAGAAGAGAAGAAUUGCAGUUGUGCAACCAGAAAAACAGUUACCAUCCACAGUGCCUGUUGAGAAGAUACCUCAUGACCUCUGCCCGGUUCCUCAUCCGGACACCACAGGCACCAUCAAUGGGAGAUACAGCUGCCCUCAGCUCUACAUCAACCACCGCUGCUUCUCAGGUCCAUAUUUAAACAAAGGCAGAAUAGCAGAGCUACCUCARUCUGUUGGGCCUGGCAAGUGUGUUCUAGUCCUUAAAGAGGUUCUUAGCAUGGUGAUCAACGCAGCUUACAAGCCAGGGAGUGUUUUACGGGAACUGCAGCUCGUGGAAGACCCUCAGUGGAAUUUCCAGGAGGAAACACUCAAAGCAAAGUACAGAGGGAAGACAUACAGGGCAACGGUUAAGAUUGUGCGAACUUCCGACCAGGUAGCAGACUUCUGCAGAAGAGUCUGUGCAAAGCUGGAGUGCUGCCCCAACCUGUUCAGUCCUGUCUUGGUGGCCGAAGUCUGCCCAGAGAACUGUUCCAUUCAUACCAAAACAAAGUACACUUAUUAUUAUGGGAAGAGGAAAAAAAUCAUUAAGCCGCCAAUUGGGGAAAAUAACAACAUAAAAAGUGGGCAUGUCAAGCCAGCCAGACGCAGGAAAAGGCGAAAAUCCAUCUUUGUUCAGAAGAAAAGGAGGACGUCAGCUGUCGAUUUGAAUGYUGCAGGCUCGGCAGAGGAAAGCGAAGAGGAUGAGCCAGAUGCAAUGGAGGAUGAGACGGGGAGCGAGGAAACCAGCUCUGAGCUCCGUGAUGAUCAGACGGACACCUCGUCUGCCGAGGUCCCCUCUGCCCGGCCGCGUCGCGCCGUCACACUGCGCAGCAGCACCGAGUCGGACCGACCCGCUCCCACCGAGAGGGCUCGGAGGAGCCGGAAAACCCAACCUCUCUCCUACAACGAGGGAGAGAAGUGCCCUCAAGUCAAGGAAGAAAUGAAGGCAGAAGAGGAAGAGAAACUUAUCCUGGACAGUAAUCCAUUGGAGUGGACUGUGACUGACGUCGUGAGGUUUAUCAAACUGACUGACUGUGCACCGCUUGCCAAGAUAUUUCAGGAGCAGGACAUUGAUGGCCAAGCCCUCCUGCUGCUGACACUGCCCACGGUGCAAGAGUGCAUGGAGCUGAAGCUUGGGCCGGCCAUCAAGCUGUGUCACCAGAUUGAGCGAGUGAAAGUGGCUUUCUAUGCACAAUACGCCAACUGACUACACUUCUCCAUUCCUGUCUGUUCCCUUUUUCCUCCUUUCUUUUUUGAACACUGCAGCUUCUUUGAGGCUCUC